UUCAGACGAGAACACGCUCCUGGGCAAAGAAGCCUGAGCGAGGCCAGAACGACUUCUAGACAAGCUGGUGCGAAAACCCUCCCGCGCCCUGGCUCUCAGAGUCCCUGCUAGGCGCCCGCCUGUGUCCUCCCGAGGUGCACCUAGCAAUGGCUGUCGCUGGGCUUCGGAGCCCCCGGUGGGGAGCUUUCUGCACACAGCUGCUGCUGACCCUCUGGGUCUUCAGUUUUGCUGGUGAAGCCUGUAAAAAGGUGACAUUAAAUGUCCCUUCGACACUAAAAGCAGACCAGAUAAUUGGAAGAGUUAAUGUGAAAGAGUGUCUCAGCUCUGCUGGCAUCAGGCCAAGUGAUCCUGAUUUCAGAGUUCUAGAUGAUGGAUCAGUUUAUCCAGCCAGAGCUCUUGUGUUGUCUGGUGAGAAAAUCUUUACCAUUCAGCUUUCUGACUCAAAGACACAGACACAGAAAGAGAUCCAAGUAAUCCUGGAGCACCAGAAGAAGGUCCUGAAGAAAAGACACACGAAGGAUACUGUCCUCAGGAGAGCCAAGAGACGAUGGGCACCCAUUCCUUGUUCUAUGCAAGAGAAUUCCCUGGGUCCCUUCCCACUGUUUCUUCAACAGGUUCAGUCUGAUGCAGCUCAGAACUAUACCAUCUUAUACUCAAUAAGUGGGCGUGGAGUCGACCAAGAACCACUGAAUUUGUUUUUCAUAGAGAGAGACACUGGGAAUCUGUAUUGUACUCGGCCUGUGGACCGUGAGGAAUAUGAUGUUUUUGAUUUGAUCGCCUACGCAUCCACUGCAGAUGGCUAUUCAGCCGAUUUACCUCUCCCACUGCCCAUCAAAGUAGAGGAUGAAAAUGACAAUUACCCUCUUUUUACGGAAGCGAUUUAUAAUUUUGAAGUUCCAGAAAGCAGUAGACUUGGUACUGUGGUGGGAGUGGUUUGUGCCACAGAUAAAGAUGAACCGGACACAAUGCACACGCGCCUCAAGUACAGCAUCUUGGAGCAGAACCCACGGUCACCUGGGCUCUUUUCUGUGCACCCUGACACGGGCGUCAUCACCACCGUCUCUCACUACAUGGACAGAGAGGUUGUAGACAAAUACACAUUGAUAAUGAAAGUCCAAGACAUGAAUGGCCAAUUUUUUGGACUAAUCAGUACCUCAACUUGUAUCAUAACAGUGCAAGAUUCCAAUGACAACGCACCCACAUUCAGACAAAAUGCUUAUGAAACCUCUGUGGAGGAAAACACAUACAAUGUUGAAAUCUUGCGCAUACCUGUAGAUGAUAAGGACUUGAUUAAGAGUGCCAACUGGAAGGCAAAUUUUACCAUCUUAAAAGGAAAUGAAAAUGGGCGCUUCAAAAUCACAACAGACCCAGCGACUAAUGAGGGUGUUCUAUGUGUUGUGAAGCCACUAGAUUAUGAAGAAAACCGUCAAGUGACCCUAGAGAUUGGAGUGAACAAUGAAGCUCCAUUCAUCAGAGAAGUUGCAAGCCGAGUACCCACCAUGAACCGGGCCUUGGUUACAGUUCAUGUGAGGGAUCAGGACGAGGGGCCAGAAUGCAACCCCCCUGAGCAAUAUGUGCGGAUCAAAGAAAACUCAGCAGUGGGGUCCAAGAUCAAUGGCUAUAAGGCCUACGAUCCUGAAACCAAGAAAAGCAAUGGCUUAAGGUAUAAAAAGUUGCAGGAUCCUAAAGAAUGGGUCAGCAUUGAAGAAGUUUCGGGGCUGCUCACCAUAUCAAAAGUCCUAGACAGAGAAGCCAUGACUCCAAGAAAUGACUUAUAUAAUAUUACAGUCAUGGCAAUAGACCAAGAGGGCAAAUCAUGCACAGGAACACUUGCAGUGAACAUUGAGGAUGUGAAUGACAAUGCACCAGUGAUACUUCAAGACUAUCUUGUUAUCUGCAAGCCAAAGAUGGGGUAUACGGAAAUUUCAGCUGUGGAUGCUGAUGAGCCUGUCAACGGCCCUCCCUUUCAGUUCAACUUGGCAAGCUCUUCUCCAGAAGUCAACAGAAUCUGGACCAUCAACCGAGUUAAUGACACAGCUGCCCGAUUGUCCUAUCGGAAAAAUGCUGACGUUCAAGAAUACACCAUUCCUGUGAGUGUAAAAGACAGAGCAGGCCAAUCCACGACCAAACUCUUGAGAGUCAACCUGUGUGACUGUACUCAUCCUAGCCAGUGUAUGGCCAGGUCAAGGAGUUCAGGGGUCACCUUGGGGAAGUGGGCCAUCCUUGCCAUCUUGUUGGGCAUCGCACUGCUAUUUUCGGUGCUGCUGACUUUAGUAUGUGGAGUUGUUACUGCCCGGAAAGGAAAGCAUUUUCCUGAAGAUUUAGCCCAGCAAAACUUAAUUAUAUCAAACACUGAAGCACCUGGAGAUGAUAGGGUGUGCUCUGCCAAUGGAUUCACCACCCAGACUGCCAACAACUCCAGCCAAGGCCUCUGUGGGACAAUGGGAUCGGGAAUGAGAAAUGGUGGGCAGGAGACAAUUGAGAUGAUGAAGGGGCACCAGACCUUAGACUCCUGCCGUGUGGCUGGGCAUCACCACACGCUGGAUUCCUGCAGAGGUGGACACAUGGAGAGCGACAAUUGCAGAUACACUUACUCAGAGUGGCACAGUUUCACUCAGCCCCGCCUCGGCGAAAAAUUGCAUGCUUGUAAUCAGAAUGAAGACCACAUCCCAUCCCAAGACUACGUCCUCACCUAUAACUACGAAGGCAGAGGAUCUCCAGCAGGGUCUGUAGGCUGCUGCAGUGAAAAGCAGGAAGAAGAGGGACUCGACUUUCUAAACAACUUGGAACCCAAAUUUCUUACAUUGGCAGAAACAUGCACAAAGAGAUAACAGCACAAGGUUACAAUUCAACAUGGCCUUAGCGGUUACUCCAGAAGUUUGAACCAACGAUACUGUAAAACAGAGUCACUACUUAUACAAAAUGGUCUUGAGUUAUAUUGGCUUGUGAUAUUCUGACUUUAGUCUAGUGUGAAAUUGACACAUAUUCAAGAGAAACCAUUUGCUCAAUUCUGAUCUUUUGCAGGCUGGCUGUGUGCUGUGUGUGACAUUCUUGCAGUGCUCAGCAGGGGCAGUGGGCUGCGGUUCCUGGUCUGUCCCUGGUCAUGACAUGGGUGCGGUGCAUAUGUCUCCACUGAGUGUUCCUAAGAUACAACCACAUUGUGAGUCCAGGAGUGUAUGCACAUAUAAUGGACUUUUCUACAUCUUACAGCCUUCCCCCUACCAAUUUGUAUCGUUAAAGUGGUUUGUUGCUGACCAUUUUUCAAAAAGUACAAGGAUUAAAAUAGAGAACCAGCAAAGCUCAUGCUGUAGUCCUAGAGUUAGCCAAGGGUCUGUGAAGGACCUGCCCUGCCCUGAAGAUAUUUUUCUAACAAAAGAAUCAGGUAAAAUAUUAGUCUACAAAUGGCUCAGUUGUAGCAAUUCAUGUCACCACACACUCCUAAGGAUGGCUUAGGAAUCAAGCCAAGCAUUAAGUAACAUGAUUUGAAGAAUGUUUCAGGACAGAAAUGUUAAUACAAAUUACAUAAAACUUUUGUAAAGCUCGGA